AAAAAAAGGGAAAGAAAUAUUCGAAAAAAAAACAGCCAAAGAACACAGAAAGCGAAGCGUAAAAAACAUACACAAAACAAAAUAUCCUUUAGGUGAAUUCGAGAGGCAGAUCGAAAAAAUGCUGCAUCCCCGUUGCCUGCUCUCGUUCCUGGGACUCUGCCUGGUGAUCAGUCUGGCCUUGAACUGCGAUGCUAGAGCGGUGAACGUGAGCAACACCUGGACAAUGCCGCAGGAGGGCUUGAACGUCUUCUAUCGCUUCUUCCGCGAUCGCAUCUCCUGGUUCGAAGCGGACGCCGUGUGCCAGUUCCAUCACGCCAAUCUGGUGACGGUCGACAACAGUUUUCAAUUCGAUGCAACGCGCGACCUGCUAAGGGAAUUGGAUGUGAACGACAUCGUUUGGAUUGGUCUCAUGCGACCGCAGAACUCGGAUCGUUUUAUGUGGUCCAACUCCCGUCCCUUGGUGGCGGACACUGGCUACUGGGCAGAAUCGUUGCCCCUGAUGGAUGCUCCGCUCUGUGCCGUAAUCGAUCCAAUCCGUGAUUACCGCUGGCAUGCCCUGCGAUGCGGUGGCCCCGAGACUGCCUCCUUUCUAUGUGAGAUGCCAGUGCCCAGCUGGGCGGAUGCAUGCAUCCUGAAGGACAUGCCCAACCUGACCAUGCAAUAUAUGGCGGACACGGCCAGCAUUGAGCUCAUUCGCAACUGUCAGGAGGAGGGAUUGCUAAGGCACACCUGCAAGGGCAAGGAGGACCGUGAGCGUGCCAUUGGCCAGCUGAUCUGUCCCAAGGAGCGCCUGGAGGCCCAGCGCAUUACGGACAUCACCAACUCGCACUUCAAGUCGCUGCAGAUCAUCAAAAACAUUCGCACGGACAACAAUGAGAACAAUGACAUCGAUUUGCUACCCAACUACGGAUCCCGCAUGGCCAUCAACAUUCAGGUGGCGCCGCCAGUUCAGCGCGUCUCCUCUGUUUCUGGUCUGGGGGAACUCAUGCAAUCGGAUGCCCCCGGCAUGGUGUCCAUGUCGGGUCUCUAUAGGAUACCGGAUCAGGUGCCCAAGCCGGUGAAGAAGGCGGCCAAGAAGGUGAUUGUUCCGGAUUUCGCCAAGAAACUGCAGAGUCACCAGCAACAUCAGCAGCAACAGCAGCAGCAGCAGCAGCAAAAGUCCAGAAAGACAGUGGUCAAAGAACACAAGGAGGAGAUGAUGAUGGGCGACCAGCCGGCACUUAGCGAGGAGCAACUGCCCCCGGGCAUGGCUUUUGGAAUGGGUUUGCCUCUUAACGAGGAUGAGGAUAGCAACAGUGAUGCCUCUAAUGAAAUAUUUGAACACUUGCCGCACAAAAAGAAGAUUUUGCCGCAGGAUCUGCGCACCAUGUCGCCGAUUUUGGAGGCCAAACCAACAGCAACAGCAGCAACAACAACAACAAAAGUUUCAACAACUGAAGCACCAACAACACCUAAUGACACUCCUGUAAUUACCACACCAAAAACUGUAGACACCACCAGCUCUCAGCCGGCGGCAACAAGGGGCGUGGUAACAGAGACAGUCACAACACCAACAAAAGAGCCAAUUACAACAACAGCCAAGGCAGCGAAGAGAGAGUCACAGCCUGAGCCCGAACCAUCAACUACAACAACAGCAACGACCACAAGCACAGAGAAGCCUAAGCAAGCAACAGCGGUCGCAACAACGACACUGAAGCCACAACAAUCAACGUCAACAGAAAAACCACAACAAUCAACAACAACAGAAAAAUCUAAGCAAUCAACAACAACAGUAAAAUCCCAACCAACAACAACAACAGAAAAAUCCGAACAAUCGACAACUACAGAGAAAUCUCAGCAAUCAACCACAACAGAAAAAUCUCAACAGUCAUCAACCACAGAAAAAUCCCAACCAUCAACAACAACAGAAAAAUCCCAGCCAUCAACAACAACAGAAAAAUUCACAAAAUCACCAACAACAGAAGCCCAACCAACAACAGAAAAAUCCCAACGAACAACAACAACAGAAAAAUCCCUACCCUCAACAACAACAGAAAAGUCCCAACCAUCGACAACAACAGAAAAGUCCCAACCAUCGACAACAACAGAACAACAACAUGCAACGCACGUCAACGAAUCCGCGGACAACACACGCUUCAUACCACCAAUGUUGUUGGUGAAGUCGCACUAUGUGCCGCCGUCAAAGCAUGCCAGCGAACAUGCAACAAUUACCACAACUCCGGCGCCAGCAACAGCCGCAGCUAAUGAAAUCAAAUCGAAUGCCACACCAGGAGUAGCAGCAGAAGCAGCCGCAGCAGCAGCAACAGUCACAUCAACAACUGCAAAUCCCGAGAAGCAGGCCAAGAAGAAGGAGGACGAGGGAGACUCCAAGGUAGAGACUGCUUCCGAGGAAGGCGAGCCACCGGAACAGGAGGAGGCAGCCACCACGCGGCACAACUUCCUGGAGGAAACUGAGGCGCCAUUCAAGCCGAAUCGACGACGCUCACUAACCAAGCCGGAAACAGUUAGCUACUUCAAGAAGAUCCUGGGCUAGACACCACCCACACCACACACACCACCCGCACAUCCCCAAGUACGAGACGCAGCAGGAGCAGUAGCAAUCCGCACUAUUAACCCAUAACAACAGCCACACUGAGAAAAAUAAAAUAAAAUAGUAGCAAGUAAGUUCAACACACAGAGAGAGAGCUCCUCCCGAACUUUGCACGUAAUUGGUUGAGAAUCAGAGAGAUGGCUCGAACCCAAACCAAAACCCAAAUGGCGCAACGCGUUCCAGGCCAUUUCCCACGUCCCGUGUCCCGUGUCCCGUGUCCCGUGUCCCCAUCCCAAAACCCACAUCCUCAUCCACACAUUCCGGCCAAAGUUUUGUUGGGAAGAGAAAACUGAACUGAACUGAACUCCAUGCCACGUCCCGCUUCCACUGAACUUGUGUUGUCUCCGGCAGAAAUGCCGGAAAUCCAAGCUGUUAGUCAACGCCAGGCGGAAACGCAAAGAAAACUCGACUCAACUAGACUCGACUCCACUUGCCAGAGUACCGAAUAUGUCAAUUUUUCACCAACAAAAAAAAAGGAAAAUGAAAAUGAAAAUAAAACCAAAAACAAACAUACGCACACGAGAUAGAGAGACACAGAUGAUACACUUGCAGGUAACACAAGGUGGCAGGUGGGCACUGAGAAAAUAAAUGGGAAAGUCCUCAAGAUGGCAAAAAAUAAUAUUAACCAAGUGUCAGUCAAGAUUAGAUUUUAACUAAAUGAGAUUGAAACAUGUCCAAGAUUAAAUUAAUUUAAAAUUGACACUAUUUAAUUUAUUCAGAAACAAACAAGAGUUAAAACCCUUUGGGAAUUCAACCACAGAUAAAGAAAAUUUAUAAUUUUUUACUUACUGAGAAAAUUACACAAGGCCCAGAUGUUUUUCGCUCAGUGUGGAGUCAUUGGGAGUCUGUCAGAAGAAGGCGACUAACACGAAUGGGGGAAAAGCAAAGGCGGGAGACGAAAGGACAAAAGACAAAGGACGAGGGAGUGUGUGCAUAGCAAAGGCCAAAUCUAAAGAACGAUAAAUACUAAAAGAAAAGUGUUUACAAAACGUAUACAUAAGGCGUCUGUUUUGGAUUUUCGCUUAUUCGGCCUACGAGUCACAAGGAAAUCAUAGAAGGAAAAGUGCGAGUCACAAGGAAAAUUGCAAGCUGGAGCAAUUACUCGAACUCAGCUUUCCACUUACCGCAUUUUCCGUUUGCUUUCAAAUCCACAAAGGUCUUCAAAAUUGUGUUGUUUAGUUCCCAAUUCCUGAAACCAUUAAAAUAACAAUUUUUAAAUUUAAUAAACAAAACUGUGAGCUAGUUUUUUUCCCCCCUAAAUUAUUAGAUUAGAUAAGUUUUCAUUAAAAGCUACCUUUUCCCGUGCAUUAAAAGGUUUCACUUAACCCCUCAACUUGUUUCUAAGAACUCAACACUUUUCAGCUUAUUGUUCGAGUAAAUGAAAAUCCAUGAAACAGAAGACCGCCAAGCAAAAUGACAUAUUAAUCUAUAAAAUAUGAACAUACGAAAACAUAGAUGUGUUUGUUUUUUUUUUUUUUAAUGUGUGUGCAAAAUAGUCAAAUACAAUUUGUGCAAGUGAGGAAGGAAUUAAGUAAAAGAUGAAAAGAGCUGAACGCUUGUCAUUUGAAAAUUUCGAGAAAAUUACUCCGAAUGAUUGCGGAAAAUUGGCGGAGCGGAGAAAGGAGUAAGGGAAAUAAAAUGAAAUGAAAUAUGCGUUUGAAAGAGAAGCGGGAGGCACACUUAAGAUUAAGCUAAAAUUUAACGAAACGAAAGGAAAAUAAAACCGAAAUCGAGAAAAGCAAGAGAACGGCAAGGGAAAGGCCCUUAAGUCCCUUAAGCAAAUGAGAAAAAGCAAAGCACUUGAUGUAGAGAAUUAUUUGUAGGUGCUUGAGAGUAACGGGCAGAUUAAUGCGGAUCCGCUGGGCCCCUCCGGCGACGGCGGUAAAUAUGCGGCAAAAAUAGUAUAAAU